GCCAAUCCGGGCGUUUAUUCGCCCUCGUCUCCUGCAAGGGAACAACAAAGAUUCUGCCCAGCUUGUUUGAGUAAUCUAGCCUGAGACAAACCGACAAAACUAGUUCGUGUGAAAUGUCACGCCAAACUUUUAUGCCAGGAGCGAUCCAGAUUGACUUUUGAUCCCCGGCCACACCGUUGAACGACCGUACAGACUCCUUAUCUUGUUCGUCGGCUUAUCAAAGUUCCGUUUCGUAUGGUUCCUUGCAUUCGUUCAACAAGUGGUCUCUGACCUGGCCGUCGUGACGGGGAGGACUUAACCUACAUCAACAACAUAGCACAUUUCUUUAUAGUUUCAGUGAAACUAUCUAACAAUGUUCUGGAUUGUAAGCCGAAUAUGUAGGAGUCUUCCCUUUGUUGGAACCGUCAGAAAAAAUGUCUUACAUUAUCGCCAAAAAGCAGAGGAUGGAGUUCAAAAAGGAGUGGAGAAUGUCCGACUCUUAUCAUUUCGUGGAGGUUUGGUUGGACUUCUCACUGCAAUGAUAAUCUGGAUUUCAAUAUUCUUGUACAUUGCAUUUUACUAUGCUUACAUGCCUUCAAUUUCUCAUGUUCGACCUAUUCACGUUCAGUUUGAAGCUUGUAGCGAUGGAAAAGGACUUUGCAGUUUUCCUACUGCGGAUGUGCGUCUUACAAAACGUCAUCAACUCCUUAUGGUGGGCCAACCAUAUAAAAUAUACAUCCAAUUAGAAAUGCCAGAAUCACCAAGAAAUAAAGACCUUGGUAUGUUUAUGGUCUGUGCAAGUCUUCGAGUUCGCAGUGGAGUUGAGGUUAAUAAAGCGUGUCGCUCAGCUAUGCUGCAUUAUCGCAGCCCGCUGUUAGAGACCCUAUCAACAAUCACUUUUUCUCCUUUCAUGGUUCUUGGACAAACGGAAGAAAAACAAAGUGUCCUUGUUGAGUUAUUCUCUGACUUUGAGGAAGAUCAGAAUCAGCCUGUGACUGAUGUUAAAGUUGAGAUUCAAACACGGUUUGUGGAACUGUACUCAGCUACUAUGUUGAUUCAUGCUCAUUUGACUGGUCUACGUUAUCUAAUGUUUCAUUGGCCAAUUUUGUCGGCUGCAGUCGGAAUAAGUUCCAACUUGCUAUUCAUUCUCUUGAUGUUUUCUCUCUCAUGGUGGCAUCUCAGCCACUAUGAUGAAUCAGAAGGUGAUGAAUUAAAGUAUGAAAAUGUCCACAACCCAGAUCAAAAAAAUGGUUUCGAAUUUAUAGGAGAAUUGGAUGAUAAAGACUCAGAUGCUGUUCUAGAUGAUGAGAAUCUGGAUGAGGAGUUGUCCAAGGUGGAAAAUGCAUCCAAACCUCUAGAAACAGAUUUACUUGGAAAAAGCAAGAUUGAUCUAGAAGAAAAUCUUUUGGAGUCUGGAGUUCAAGAAGUUCCUAAGUAAGAAGUCUUUUAUUUUUGAGUCAAGUAAGAUCAAAAUAAAAUUUGAGAAGAAGAAUUCAUCCAAUACUUUCCAAAGGUACAUUGUAUCUAGUCUGAAUGUAUAGAAAAGUGAUUUGCAAACAAACUCAUUUUCUUGAUUAAUUGAAAAUAUGCAUGUUGGCUAUGUUAAUUAUUUGUGAUACACCUUUCUCUUUAGGUGUGUUAGAAUUAUUUCUUUGACUGAUUGUUAGAAUAUAAGAUUUUACUACAUCAUUUAAUGUAUAGUUACGUACAGAAGUUUUGUGAUAGGAAUGGUAAAUCAUUGUCAUUCAUUACUAUUUUUCUAUUUCAUUUUAUUGUUUUUACUGAAAUAAAUGCCCAUUUAAAGUUUUGAA